CCCAUCAGGGAGAGCAUUCUAUAUAUGAGUUAUCAUGCAUUCAUGCAAACUCGAUGGCGUCAACUUUUGCUACUAUGCAGCAGUCCCUGUGUCGAGCUUGAUCCAUCUAUGACUGUGCCACAAAAUAGAAGCUAAUGCACGACCAGCGACAACUUUUUCAAUUUCUUGUGAGGUUACGACCAAAAUUUGAAGCCCUGCGAGGUCAAAUCCUUGAUCGAUCACCACUUCCCAUGCUUGAUACAGCUCUGGCACAGCUCAUUGCUGAAGAAACCCGCCUUCGCGUGCUUCAUUCAUCUAAGCCUUCUCAAGCAACUGUUUUGGCAGCAGUUUCUACUGCAGAUACUUCGACAUCGAGCAUAUCAGGGUUAGGCAUAUAUGCUCUCAACACCCGAUCACGUAGGUGGUUCCUCUCUUCCUGUUACUCACUAUGGAGCGUUGACUACCUUGGUUCAUCGAGAUCCUUCCACUGGGCGACUGAUUGGACAUGCCAUAGACAAGUUUCGCAUCUAUGAGCAUGACUUCUACUUUUUUUGAUGUUGAUCUUUGGCAUCGUUGAUUAGGUCAUUUAUCUCAAGACAACUUAGAUAUUUUAAUUCGAA